UAAUAAGUAAUGAUGAACCCUGUGGAAUCUCGCAUGAGUCUAUAUAUGCAGUGAAAGAGUGAGCAGCAACGGCAAGCACACACAGAAAACAACAUUGAAGCGAUCAACCAUGGUUUGUUUCUCAUCACAAUCACAGUUUCGUGUUUUACUAGUUUUGGUGUAUGCAAUAACGAUUCACAAAGGUGUGUGUAGUACAAAUGUGAAGCUGAGUUGCAAUGAAAAAGAUCGAUCUCCAUUGCUGCUAUUCAAACACAGCGUCAAAGAUCAUUCCAACAAGCUCUCAUCUUGGUCCAGUGGAGAAGAUUGCUGUGCGUGGAAAGGAGUGUUGUGUGACAACACCACAGGGAGAGUCACAAGACUUGAUCUGAACCAACAGUACUUGGAAGGUGAAAUCAAUCUAUCUCUUCUUCAAAUUGAAUUUUUGACCUACUUGGACUUGAGCAUGAAUGAUUUCACAGCUUUAAUUCAUCCACCUCUUUCUACUGCACAUUUCAACUUAUCUUACCUUGAAUACCUGGACUUAUCCUUCAAUGAAGAUCUUCAUUUCAACAAUCUUCAAUGGCUUUCUCAACUUCCUCCUUCGUUGAAAUGUCUAAAUCUCAGUGAGAUUAAUCUUGAAAAUGAAACAAACUGGCUUCAAACCAUGGCCAUGCAUCAUCCUUCUCUGUUAGAGUUGAGAUUGGCAAGUUGUGGGUUAGUCAACAUGAGCCCUUUUGUCAAGUUUGUGAAUUUUACAUCACUUCUCACACUUGACUUGUCUGGGAAUUACUUUGACUCUGAGUUGCCUUAUUGGUUGUUUAACGUUAGCAGUGACAUUUUCCACAUCGACCUUAGCUUCAAUAAUUUAAAGGGUAGAAUCCCCAAGAGCUUGCUUAAUCUUCGAAAUCUUGAAUCUUUGAGAUUGUCAAAUAACGAACUUACUGGACCAAUUCCGGAUUGGUUAGGGGAGCAUGAACGUCUGCAACAUCUUGUUCUUUCUGAAAACUUGUUUAACGGUCCCUUUCCUUCCACUCUUGGAAACCUUUCAUCCUUAACUGAAUUAGGUGUUAGCUCCGGUUUCUUGAGUGGUAAUCUUACAGACACAAUUGGCCAACUCUCUAACUUGAGGACUUUGUUCAUUGGAGGCUCAUUGUCUGGUGUUCUAUCUGAGAAGCACUUCUCCAAACUCUUUAACUUGGAAUCACUUGUCCUGAAUUCAGGUUUUUCUUUUGACAUUGAUCCUAAAUGGAUUCCUCCUUUCCAACUUCGUGAAGUUAGCUUGAAAAACACAAAUCUAGGUCCUACUUUUCCAGAAUGGCUAUACACACAAACGACACUAGAAGCUCUAGACACUUCUUUUUCCAAACUUUCUUCCAUAAAUGCAGACAAGUUUUGGAGUUUUGUAGCCAAAAUCAGAGCCAUUAACUUGUCCUUCAACGCAAUCAGUGCAGACUUGUCAAAUGUCACUCUAGAAUCUGAAUAUGCAAUAUUGGCUUGCAACAACUUCAGAGGAACACUCCCACGUAUAUCAUCAAAUGUCUUCAUGAUUAAUAUGGCAAACAAUUCCUUGUCUGGACCCAUUUCUCCCUUUCUGUGUCAUAAAUCAGGCAAGAAAAGUGCAUUGGGUUACUUGGAUAUAUCAAUUAAUUCAUUGAGCGGAGUGAUUCCCAAUUGCUGGGAGAAUUGGAGAAGUUUGACAUUCCUUUUCAUUGGCAACAAUAGGCUAGAAGGUGAGAUUCCUCCAUCAAUUGAGCUGUUAAAUGAAAUCAUUGUGAUGGACUUCAACAAGAACAACUUGUCUGGGGAGUUUUCACUGGACUUGUCAAACAUGAAAUCGUUGGUAUUCAUCAACCUUGGACAUAACAGUUUUUCUGGAGUUGUACCAACAAAGAUGCCAGAGAGUAUGCAAGUGAUGAUAUUGAGAUCCAAUCAAUUUAGUAGCAACAUUCCGCAACAACUGUGCAGCCUUCCCUCUCUGAUACAACUUGAUCUUUCACAGAAUAAACUUGUUGGAUCCAUUCCUCCUUGUGUCUGCAACGUUAGUUCCAUGGAUGGUGAAAGAAGAAUAAGACAUUUCAGGUUUACUUUCGAUUUGUUUUGGAAAGGUCGAGAGUUGGGGUACAGAGACAUUGGUCUGUUGAGAAAUUUGGAUCUCUCAUCAAACAAUCUGUCUGGAGAGAUCCCCACUGAACUCUUUGGCCUCACUCAAUUGUUGUUCUUGAACUUGUCUAGAAAUCAUUUAAAGGGAAAGAUACCAAUCAAGAUUGGUGGCAUGAAAAAUUUGGAGUCUCUCGAUCUCUCCAACAAUCACCUUUCAGGGACAAUUCCCAGAACAAUAUCCAAUUUAACUUUUCUGAGUUAUCUCAAUCUGUCGUACAAUGAUUUCAGCGGAGAAAUCCCAUUGGGGACUCAACUUGAGAGCUUUGAUGCAUGGAGCUAUGUUGGGAAUCCCAAACUAUGUGGACUUCCUCUGCCAAAAAAUUGCUCCAACACACACCAGAGAGUGGGAAGUGGUGCAAACAACUCACAGAAUGAGUCACUCUAUCUUGGGAUGGUAGGUGGAUUUGUUGUUGGCUUGUGGGGAGUGUGGGGUUCUUUGUUCAUCAACAGAGCAUGGAGACACAAAUAUUUUCUUAUGUUGAAUCAUGUAGCAGAUUGGCUUUAUGAGGUUAUAGUUCUCAAGAUCAAUCAUUUUUCUCGGGUAAGAGCAAGUGCUAGAUGAAGUAAAAGACUGAUUCCACGAGUUUUCAGAGAAGAUGCUUACAAAUAAAUAAAGUUACUUGCAAAGAUAGCAAUGUCAAAGUUACUUAUUAAUACCUCAUUUUGUCUUACAAUCUCACACCUAAUUAAUGUUACUUGCAAUUAGAGUGUAAUUGUUUUGUACUGGAGUACUCUUGGGUUAUAUUUGUUUUUUGGUACAUGGGUUAUGGUUAUAGUCAAAAUUGUUUUUUGGUACUUGAAUAAUAAUUUUGAACUCGGCUGUUUUCUCCGGUGAUUA